AUGGCAGGAAAACGCAAGUCUGAUGUCUCUUCUACCGAAGAUCAGUCUGGUCGUGCGCCAAAAUUUACUCGCACAGCUCCGACUUUGAAUGCUGAAAAAGCCAGCUCGGGUCAGAGAUUCGGCGAGACUGUCGACUACAUUCCGUUGAACCAGAAUACUAGCUCAGGCCAGAGAUUUGGCGAAUCUGCCGACUUCAUUCCAUUGAAUCAACUCUCGCAAGUAGUUGGUGCCGACGAGGAGGACGAAGAAGCCCUUGAUGUGAUUCAAGGAUCUCAGGAAUUGGAUGAAACCUCUCUAACAACGUCCAUCCUCUAUGGUAUUGUUUCUACAAAGAUCGUUGGUGUACGCUUUUAUAGGGGCCGUGCCAACCCAGGUGAACGUGUCAUCAUAAAUCGGGAUGCCAAUAAUCAAUAUGAUCGCAAUGCUAUUAGGGUUGACAAUGUCAUGGGUGCCCAAAUUGGCCACAUUCCACGACAGAUGGCAGAGAAGCUGGCGUCCUACAUUGAUGCUCGCGAUCUCAUUAUUGAAGGCACAUUGACUGGUGCGAUUGGGGAUUUCUGGUGUCCAGUUGAUUUGAAGCUUUUCGGGAGUCGUGACCCUACCAGACGAUCCAAUCUGAAGCAACGAAUGCAGAAUGACAAGCUUCCUGUUCGCCAACUGAACGAGUUGGAGCGCGAGGAACGCAAGGCAGAGAAAGAAACCGAGAAACGGCAGAAGGAGGCCGCAAAGAAAGCUCGCGCCAUGGCUCUUGGCAAAGCUGCAACACAAUGGCAAGCCAACCAGAACUCAGAGUAUGCGAACCUCUCAACCCCCACGGGACUUGGUGGCGAGCAAAUUGAGAGCUUGGAAGAACUCCUUAACCAGAGCUCCACCUUCAAUCCCCGAGAUAUUGGUCAGGUUGUAGAAACCUUUGGACAGAAGGAGUCUGACCUGGUCAAUAUGCCUAUGGCCGAUACUCCACCCGGCCUUUCCACCCAGUUGCUUCCAUAUCAGCGCCAGGGACUAGCUUGGAUGAUCAAGCAAGAAUCGCCGAGCCUUCCCACAAAGGGCUCCGAUGAUAUCGUGCAGUUGUGGAAACGGACAAAUACCGAAUUUCUCAAUGUCGCAACAAAUUAUGCCACGGCCACGGAGCCAGCCCUCGCCAGCGGUGGCAUUCUUGCUGAUGAUAUGGGCUUGGGCAAGACAAUUCAGAUAAUCUCUUUGAUUCUUGCAAAUGCAAAGCCUCUCACUGCAGGCUCCUCUAAGACCACUUUGAUCAUUGCCCCUGUCGGUGUCAUGAGCAACUGGAGGAAUCAGAUCCAGGAUCAUGCGCACAAGGAGACCGCCCCGAGUAUCUUGAUCUACCAUGGCUCUGGGAAGAAGGAAGCUGCGAACUUGGCAAAGUAUGAUGUUGUGAUCACAAGCUAUGGAGCCCUGGCCCUGGAAUUUAAUCCGGAUGCCAAUAAGCCGCCUGUUAAGGGCAUAUUUUCGCUGCACUGGCGUCGUGUCGUACUUGACGAAGGCCAUACCAUCCGAAAUCCCAGUUCCAAGGCCUCCCUUGCGGCUUGUGGCUUGCGCGCCGACUCUCGCUGGACCCUGACCGGAACCCCCAUUAUCAAUACUCUGAAGGACUUGUAUGCGCAAAUUCGUUUCCUUAAGUUCUCCGGUGGCUUGGAAGAUUUGAGGAUCUUCAACAGUGUCUUGAUUCGACCCUUGACUUCAGGGGAGCCCGACGCUCGACUGCUUCUUGAGGCUCUCAUGGGCACCAUCUGCCUGCGACGUAGGAAGGAUAUGAGCUUCAUCAAUUUAAAGCUACCCGAGAUGACAUCUCGCAUCAUUCGAAUCAAGUUCAGUGCCCAUGAACAGGAGAAGUACAGUGCUUUCCAAACCGAGGCCCAAGGUGCUCUUCUCGACUUCAAGGAUAAAGAUGGCAAGACCAAGUACUCUCACCUUCUCGAGGUUCUUCUCCGUCUUCGUCAAGUCUGCAAUCACUGGGCGCUCUGCAAGAACCGCGUUGACAAACUCAUGAGCAUGCUGGAGGAACACAAGGUUGUACCUCUGACACCUGAGAACGUCCGCGCUCUGCAAGAGAUGCUGCAGCUCCAGAUAGAAAGCCAGGAAAUGUGUGCCAUCUGCCUUGACAACCUUGAGCAACCCGUCAUAACCGCCUGUGCCCACUCCUAUUGCCGAGGCUGCAUCGAGCAGGUUAUUGAACGCCAGCACAAGUGUCCGCUCUGCCGCGCAGAUAUCAACGAAACCAACACACUCGUCUCCCCAGCUGUGGAACUGGGUGAAGACACAGAUACCGUUGAGGCUGAUCCCGAUAGUCCAAGCAGUAAGAUCGAGACCCUGGUCGAGAUCCUGACUGCUCAGGGCCAGGCACCAGGCACAAAGACCGUGGUUUUUAGCCAAUGGACCUCGUUCCUGGAUCUAAUCGAACCACAACUUGAGCAGCGCGGGGUCAAGUUCGCCCGCGUAGAUGGCAAAAUGCAGUCUGUGAAACGCGACAACUCCAUCAACUCAUUUUCCAACGAUCCUGAGUGUACCGUCCUUCUCGCAAGUCUGAGCGUGUGCAGUGUUGGUCUCAACCUUGUUGCAGCGAACCAGGUCAUCUUGUGUGACAGUUGGUGGGCCCCAGCUAUCGAGGAUCAGGCUGUCGAUCGGGUGUAUCGGCUUGGGCAAAAGCGGGAGACGACGGUCUGGAGACUGGUUAUGGAAGAUAGUAUUGAGGAGCGGGUGUUGGCGAUCCAAGAGCGUAAGAGGAGCCUUAUGCUUGCUGCUUUCCGGGAGACGGCGAAAAAGAAAGCUGAGGAUAGAGGCACUCGUGUUGCAGAUCUUGAGGCUCUUUUACAAUAG